AUGCUGGCCGGCUUCACGCUGAUGUGCGCGUGGAUUGCGUGGAAUGUCGUCGCGGUGGUGCGCGCGAGGAACAGCAUCCCGCUCGAGCUGCGGCAGCAGUACAUCGCCAACAAGCUGGCCGAAAUGGAGAUGAUGUACGCGUGUAUGGGGGAUGAGGAUGAUUCUGUGAGGAAGGAUGAGGUGGACCCGGAAGGGAUCGACGUCCAGACC